AUGCUUCCCCGAAGACGGCGUCGGGGUCGUCGGCUCCACGGACUCCUGGCUUGCCGUCGGCCGGCUACGUCCGAGGAGGGGAGCAGGUGCAUCUACACCGGCUUCGUCCUGCACAACCCCUUCUCCAACACGACCGUGCCGCUCACCGUGCUCAACGACGUCAUCAUCAACACUGGGACCUGCUUGAUCUACAAGUUCCUCAUGCGCUCCACUGUCGACGACUUCGUCGCCCUCGUGACAAACAAUGAGAACUACCCGAUCAUUGUGUUUCGGCAAGGGACAGGAGCGUGGGUGCCACGCCCGUGCACGGCUCCCUACAUCAACAUCAUCGAUGUGGCGUUUUUGGGAAGCACACUCUACGCCAUAACCAAGGCUGAGGACCUGAUCCCCCUCAAUCUUGCAUUGGAUGGCGAUGGCAAGCCCCUAGUCACCAUUGGCAAGCGUGUUAUCAGGCAACCACCAGGUUAUGAUGGUUAUGAUGCGUGGAACACUUCCGAUGAUGAUGAUGAAGAUCAUAGUGAUGAUGAGAGAGAUGAAGAAGAUGGUGACGACGGUAAUGAUACAGAAGAGGAGGACGUGCCUGACCACGAUGGGGAUAUAGAGGAGGAUGGGAACGAGGAUCACGAGGAGCAGGAGAUAGCUCUCGAUGACGAGGUGCCCCCAGAAGAUGAUGGCAGCCAUCAUUCAAGUUUCUCGGGUGAAUUUACACAUGGCAAAGUAACUGGCGAGUUCAUCAUUAUUUCACGACAUCUCAUCGUGUCAUCCGGAAAACUCCUCAUGGUGAGGCGGCAUAAAUACUAUACGGUUUCCAUAUGUACUCGUCGUGUGGAAAUAUUGGAGGCGGAUGCAAGCACGGGCGCAUGGGUGCCAUUGGAUGUUAGCGAUGGGUUAGGCGGCGGCCGGGCACUCUUCAUUAGCAUGAAUUUCUCUAAGUCCGUUUCAGCACCUUGUGGAGAUAUCGAGGAGGAUGUCAUUUAUGAUAUCGACACAGGCGAGCUGUUCGAUAUGAAGACUCAGACUUCGAGACAAAAAAGAUUUUGUACACCAUCCCAGGGGAUAACUUGGCUGUUCCCUCCAGAGUUGGUGCUAUGA